AGUGGCUCCACCUCUCGUUUCAAGUGCAGUCUGCUAGUUUCAGUGAAACAUGACAGAUGAAUGAGUGCAUGAAUGAACUUGGACACUAACAUCACUGGAGGAUCAGGUGUACCUGUCCUAAGGAAGUGAAAGCAUUAGCACAGAGAAGGAAAGAGAGAGACCAUGCACUAGAGACUCCGUAUUGGCCCUGCAUUCUCUACAAUGAACAAUGAGGACGAGUUCUAUGAUGCCGUCACAGGCUUGGAUUCAGACGAGUCGUGUGAAGGCACAUCAGAAGCCAGUUUUAAAGAUGCUGUAGUGUUUGACAGCGGUCCGAAGAACAAUGGAGCAGUUCCUCAGGAGAACGGAAUCAAGAAACGCAGGUCAUCUCUUCCUGCCCCCAUGUUCUCCAGAAAUGAUUUUAGCAUAUGGAGCAUCCUCAAGAAAUGUAUUGGACUGGAGCUGUCCAAGAUCACCAUGCCCAUCGUGUUCAAUGAGCCCUUGAGUUUUCUACAGAGAAUCUCAGAGUAUAUGGAUCACACAUACCUCAUCCAGAAAGCCUGCUCACAGUCUGACUCUAUAGAGAGGAUGCAGACGGUUGCUGCCUUUGCUGUGUCUGCAGUUGCCUCUCAGUGGGACAGAACUGGAAAACCUUUCAACCCACUUUUAGGAGAGACUUAUGAACUCACACGAGAGGAUCAGGGUUUCAGACUCAUCUCAGAACAGGUGAGUCACCAUCCGCCGGUCAGUGCAUUCCACACAGAGAGUCUGAGCGGAGACUUCAUGUUCCAUGGCUCCAUCUACCCCAAACUCAAGUUCUGGGGCAAGAGUGUGGAGGCAGAGCCAAAAGGAACCAUCACACUAGAGCUUCUGAAGCAUAAAGAGGUCUAUACAUGGACGAACCCUUUCUGCUGUGUACACAAUGUAAUUCUGGGUAAACUCUGGAUUGAGCAGUACGGCACAGUAGAAAUUGUCAACCACAGUACUGGAGAGAAGUGUGUGCUGAACUUUAAACCCUGUGGGAUGUUCGGAAAAGAGCUGCACAGAGUUGAGGGUUAUAUCCAGGACAAGAGUAAGAAGAAGCGCUGUGUAAUCUAUGGGAAAUGGACUGAGUGUAUGUGGAGUGUGGACCCACAAGUAUAUGAAGCCCAUCGGAAGCUUGACAAGAAAGGAGUGACAGACACUAAGAAACAGAAACAGGAAGAGACCGAAGGAGCCGUCAAUGAGGAUGCCGAUGAAAUGCCUGAUGUACAAGAGACUGUGGCUGUGAUUCCUGGUAGCACAUUACUGUGGAGAAUAUCAUCUAGACCACCUCAUUCAGCAGAGAUGUAUAACUUCACAAAUUUUGCCAUGACACUGAAUGAGUUGGAGCCCGGCAUGGAAAGAGUGCUAGCGCCAACAGACUGCCGCCUACGGCCUGACAUCAGAGCCAUGGAGAAUGGCAACAUGGAUGAGGCCAGCAAAGAAAAGGAGAGGUUGGAAGAGAAACAGCGAGCAGCUCGUAAAGAGCGAGCCAAAGAUGGUAAAGAAUGGUCCACUAGGUGGUUUUAUUCAGGCACAAACCCACACACAGGAUCACAGGACUGGCUCUACACAGGCGGCUACUUUGACAGGAAAUACACAAACUGUCCUGAUAUCUACUAAUGAGGAGGUUCAUGUUCAAAGGGCAGAGGUUCCCGCACCUUCUACACCUUUCUCUCUUCCCACCUUCAGCAUCCCUCCACUUGCCACACCAUAUCAUAUCCAACCGAAAGCGAUACUGUGGCACUUAUGUCCUACUCACCUGCGUUAAUACUCCAUUGCACGAGAGCUUCAUGAGAAUUUACAAAAAUCACAACAAGUUAUUGAAAUGCUGAUUUAUUGAGUUGGACGAGUAUGCACUUGUGUUUAUGAUGUCAUAAUGUGUAACAGCAUCUUCAUUCACAUCCUAUCUACACUGUAGGUUUUAUUAAUGGAUCAAAGCAUUAGGACUGUAUAAGAGAGACCGAAUUAGUGAUUUGCCUUUUAAUUCUGCCUAAGAACCUACAAACCCCUCAGUGAAUCUCAAGGCUCCAGCUAGUUUGACAAAGUCAGUGUUCCUGGAGCGCAAUAUAGUUGUAGUUAUGUCACCUGAGGUCACAAAUAGUGCCAAUACAUGCACUCUGUGUGACUCUUAAGUGCUUGGAUUCACCAUGUUCCAUGUAUAGUAUGAGUUUAACAUAUGAAAACUAAUUCCAGACCUUUUUAGCUUGUCUAGCACUGAGCAGCGUAAAGACCUCAAUGAUUCAGCUGUAUGAAGAGACUUAAGAGAGUGUGGAGGUGAUUUAAGCAUUAAUGUAAUAACGACAGUAAUAAGGUUUAAUGAAUGAUUAUGAAUGUGAAUAAUGAACUGUGUGUGUGUGUGUGCGUGCGUGCAUGCGUGCGUGUGCUCUUUUGGCAAUUAAUGUAUAAAGCCAUAGUGUUGUUUUAAUUGGUACAAUAUUUUGCCUUUUUGAAUUUCUAUUCAGAUUAAAUGUCAGUCCUGAAAAAUUUACGAAAAAUUGCUUCAUCAUUUAUGAAUUCUGAUGAAGUGUUUUAAAAAUAGAUUAUAGUAGCUUCAAAAGCACCUUUUCAUAGAUUCAUGGGGUGGACAAUAGGCUGAUUGUAUUGUUAUUGAUAUGUUCUUUAAAUAGUUCACCCAAAAAAUUUCUCAAAUAAGCAUUCUGUCAUUGUUUACUCACCUAUGUUUUUCCAAACACAUAUGACUUCCGGUAUGACUCAUAUGACAUUAAAAAGAUGCAAUGAAAGUGAAUCCUUUUUUGUGCCACUGUGGAAAGAAAGUCAUAUGGGUUUGGAACAACAUGAGGCUGAAUCAAUGAUGACAGAAUUUUCUUUUUUGGGUGAACUAUUCUUUGAAUAAGAUGUCAGAUGAAAACAAAACUUGCUCUUGUACGCUUUCAUAUUUCACCAUUUUUGUAUGUGUUGGUGUCAUACUAACUUGUUCCUCAAGCACUAGCCAAUGAAUAGAUUGUUUAAUGAGAUGUAGGGUGUCGUGGUUUGUUCUAUCCAUCAGCAUUUUCAUCCGUUAUCACUGUUCCCAAACACGCACACUGUGUAUUUGCAAAAACAAAAUCUAUGCAACCUAUUAAACAGGUAAAAUAUUCCAUUGACUUCAGUAUGAUUAGAAACAAGCACAAAUAUUUCUGUCUUAAUGAAAAUGAAAUGUGUAAAAGGGCAGCUUAUAUAAAUGUAAAGUAUAAUGCCUUCCUAUUCACAAAAAUAUUUCUAAUUUGUCCCCUGUGCCCAUAGAUGCCCAUAUGCUUGAUAUGAUUUUUGUACUUUUCCAUUUAUCUAAUUUUGUUUUCUUUCAGACCACAAAACUGGUGUCCCUUUCAUUCAGAGAACAUCAAACUAUGUACAGCAGUGUGCAGGAAAUAAAUGGGUGGGAUUUGAAGCACUUGUUGCUCUUCUCAAGUACACAAACAUGUUUUCUUUACCACGGUUCUUGAAUUUGAAUUCAUUUUGAGUCACAAAAACUUGACCUUGAUCUUUGUUGUUUUCCAUCCAUUUCUACAGAGUGUAGAAUGUUAGACAUUUCACUUAAUUUUCGAACCACCUCUCCCCUAGUCUGAGUGAGUACUUAAAGCAUCAACAGGAAUGUCAAAAUGGACAGUAUCAUAACCAGUUGUUUGAUACACAUGUGAAAUUCACUAAACUACCUGGUUUGCAACCUUCAUUGUAUCUGCUCCCUCAUUAAAUGUUUUAUUUAUAUAUAUAUAUAUAUAUAUAUAUAUAUAUAUAAUUUGAUUAUUUGAAAAUUAACAUUAUAAAACUAAUAUUCCACAAUUAAAAUAUAGAUUUUAUUUUUA